AUGCGGAGGAUAUUGGAGAUGGAUAACAUCAGUGAUAGAGAGGAGGAAGAGGAGGAGCAAGUGGUGGAGGAUGAAGAGGUGGAGGAAGUGGUGGAGGAAGUGGUGGCAGAAGAAGAGGUGGAGGAGGUGAUGGAGGACGAAGAGGCGAUUGAAGAGGUAGAUGAGGUGGUGGAGGAAGACCAGGAGGGAGAAAUGGAAGUGAAUAACAUUGACAGCACUGAGAGAACAAGACCAAAACGUAGGUGGUGGACACCAAGGUGUCUAAGAAGAUGCAGCGUGAGGAACAGCAUCAAAAAGAGCAGCAGCAACAGAUUAACAAGAUUCCUUCGGGUCUUGUGCUGUUGUUUCAAAGCGGACAACAGGAUAAGAGCUUUGUAAGAUCUCUGGUCCUCAGCAUCACCUGAAGAAAAUCGCCCUCAAUCGUGUCCCGCUGUCC